GGCGUACACAACACGAUUCGUUCUCGCCGUGCGGUGCGCUCUUUGUUUCAAGGUCGGCAGUUGCUACCGAGGGCCAGGCCAGUUUGCCUAACGGUUCCAAAAGUCGUAUAAAAGGCAAGCUUGGGACGCACAAUGCAUGUUAGGCCUGGACCGGGUGGGUGGAGGGGCGGUUGUACCCGUGGAUACCGUCCAACACCGCGAGCGGAACACACCCAAACAGCCGGCUGAAACACUUGGAGCAGACGACAACUAUAAAUCUUGCAGCAAGAUGCCAGAUUCAUUGAAAGACGGCUGUGAGGCCCGGUGGGCAUGGAGCAGACGGGACAAAUCUCACGAAGUAAGAUUGUAUGGUAAAAAGAUGCAGACGGCACAUUUCCACCCCAACUGGAGCAACGGCACUGCCGGUGUUCGAGGUACCAAACCCCUCAACUAUGGCAGGCACUACUGGGAGAUCAAGAUUUCUCAGAGGAUAUUUGGAACAAGCAUGAUGUUCGGUAUCGGCACAAAACAUGCCCGUCUGCAUGUGGAUGCGUUUGUAAACAUGCUCGGCGAAGAUGAGCACAGUUGGGGACUCUCACACAAGGGCCUUCUCUGGCAUAAUGGAAAGUGGAGGCGAUAUUGUUCUCCAUUCCAGGAAAACGAAUCGACAAUAGUUGGCAUGUUAUUCGACUGGUCAACAGGAACACUGACGUAUUUUAAAGAUGGAGAGUGUUUGGGAGUUGCAUUCACGGAACUGAAGAAAAUAUCCGACGGUUUGUAUCCAAUCGUCUGCUCCACAGCUGCUAAGACAGAAAUGACCUUGGGGUUAAAGUGGCGAAGCUUUUCCAACUUGCAAGACCGGUGCCGAGCGACUAUUCUUACUAACCUUGCAGAGGAAAAUUCUAUUGAGAGACUACCACUGCCAAAUCCUAUGCGAGAAUUCUUGCGAGAAAGUGGCUGACCUUAAUUGUUGUUGUUUGUGUUUUAUGCAUUCAUUUAUCAACAUCGAUCGUUUCAUAGAUUCAUAUGAAAUACAGAAACCAACGGGAGAAAUCUGUCUCAACUGUACAAAGACUUCCAAACAUUGACUCCAAUAUGGCGUGCUCGUCCUGACAGCAUUGUUUCGCCCGUCGCUGGAUGCUGCAUAAUUGAUAGCUAUAAUCGAUACGAAGAUCUAUGGCCGCUUGUCCCCAAUCUGUUGCCCUUUGUUCGGGACAGGGUAUGGGUAAGCCAAAUUCACCACCGUUAUUAUAGCUUCCUACAAAGGUUUCCAGUGAUGUGUUUCCAAAUUAUACAUUUGACAUUAAUAUUUCAAGACGAACACUUAGGAAUGUGUCCACAUCAUGGACAAUGCGAAACAAAGGACAAAGCUGCCACAGACACUGAUUUUGAAAUGUCGCCCAACGCUGACAUUUCGUGUAUAGUUAUUAAGUUAUUAGUGAAAUAUUUCCAAGUGCUAUUUUUGUACAGAGCUUACGGGUGAUAUCGUAUGAUACAGUAAGCAAGGAUGAGUCCAAGCUAGUCAAAUUGUGAAUAUGGAUGUGUGUUAUGUUCGUAUCAAAUGUUUGUUCGCAAUUUCGCUCAUUGUUGUUUAUACGCCAAAUAUAAUAUUAUGAGGAUAAUUCUUCAAGCAACACAAUGUAAUUCGUUUACUCUAAUCAUAUUCCGAAAUAUAUGGAUUCAGUAUGUUCGAUUCUGUUCAUGACAACAGUUUCAGCUGUUCUGAUCAAAUAAAAUGAAUGCUGGGCGAGCACUUACACUGACGCUGUAUGGAAAUCGAUUUCCAACAUAUUCUUUAGAAAUAACCAUCAACGCUGCUCUGGUUAUAGCUUCAUUCAGAACCAGAACGACAAUGUCAUUACGCGUGUUUUAGCAAUGAGCGUUUUGCUAACUUACUUUUGUGUAUGUGUCUAUUUAUGUAUGGAAGACUAACUUCAACAUUGUCAUUCCGUGACGAUAACAGGCGGGUACCAUGUGCAAUAUAUUUAUGAUACUUGUCAAUAGCAAGAUAUAAUAUAUUUUACUAUUUGAAUGUUGUAGUAUUCACUCUGCUUUAAUUUAUUGCCUUAGAGAAUUUCACGGGUCGUUGAAAUCCAUUGUACAUAGACCCUUAUGCAGUAGUUUCAAUGUGUGUUUAGUAGCGAGCUGAUAGAGGUCAUUUUUUACAUCGAUGUAUUGUAGAUGAAGUCAUGUUUUAUAAAUUUAAAAAAUGAAGUAAACAUUUAUUCUGUAUGAGACUUACCUUUUUGGUCGUUUGAUUCACAUGUGAUAAGUUCUGGAAAUUGGUAGCGUGUGCAUUUCCAUCCAUCCUCGGCACACAGUGGUACAUUCCUGUUCGCUCUACGUGUACAGAUUAGAAGAGAGUGGCGAACAGAACAUGUACCAUGUACACCGGGGAUUCUGGAAUGGUCGUAGUUUUCACAUUUGAUGAAUAAAAUCCUUCAUUUUGGAAACCAACAUUAAAAAUUAGAAACCCAGUAAUGGGGAAAUUUAUUUGAUGUGAAGAUACCAUAAAAUUAUUUAUAAAUGAAUAUGUAUCUGCUACCAAUGUUCAAGAUUUCCACAACGUUUAACUGAAUAUUAUACACCUGAGACUGAGCUGAUCUCUCUAUUGAUAGGUUAUAUUAAGUUUAGUAGGUAAAUAAGCAUUUACACUAUUCCAAACUCCGGAUUUUCAAAGGAUUUUACCAAUAGUUUGUCAUAGCCGAAUUUGUUAUUCCCACAAACAAUAGAUACAUUACAACGACUUGUUUGAUUGGAAGUGAAUGAGUUGUAGCCGUUUUCCGGUAUACUGCGCAGCAUUUUUAAAAAUAGACCUUUGUGAUUUGACAAUUCGCGUUAAGAAAUCGUGUAAUUUUGUUGAAUGACGUCUACUGUUGGUAUACCCGGUCCGCUCCGAAAUCCCUGCAUGUAUGCAGUUCACGAAUUUACAUUUCAAAUAAUCUUAUUAGUUUUCAUAAUUUUAGAUAAACUACACUGAUUUUAUUAGAAACGUUAGAACUUAGUUUCUUUUGUGUAAAAAGUUAAACGAAGGUAGAUGAGCGUGUUAUUGCUAUUCAACGACUUAAUUACCGGGAGUAGAGAAAAACAUUACGUUUAGAAGUUAAUUUCUCCGUUAGCUAAGCCUCACUGAAAUAAUUACCGCAUGCCGAUUCUUCGUAACGUUGGGAGGGGUAUAGAGGGUUGGGAGAGGAUGUUAGCUGCCAUUGUCUCGGUCAUUAUUGAUCGAUCAUGCCCGUAUGUCGAGAGAGCUCUCUCCCAGUGGGGGGUAUUUUUCGUUAUUUGAAAUGCUUUGAACCUAACAGUCUCGCUUCGGUUUGCACUAAUGAGUUCCAUUCGACAAAGGUAUGAUCACGUGACCGACAUGAUGCAUAAUUAACUAUAGGCGGUUCAUUUCACAGAUGUAAUUUGAGGACUAAAAUAGAAUAAGUUAUUUGAAAAGGAUUCUUCGAAUUGCCCCUUGUCCUGAUAUAUUUCCUUAUUAAUGUUCACCGACUGAUAUUUUAAUCUUUAUAUUAUCUGUUUAGUGGAUUGAAUUAGAAAUAUAUGCAUACGUUUAGGCACGAAGCUUUGGGCAAUUAACAAAAUUUAAAAAAUGAUUAAAGACGUCGAAGACUUUUGGAAAUAAAAUUUUAUGAAUAUGUCAAUCGAACAGUUAAUAACCUUAUUACAAAGUAAUCUCCUAAAUAUGGUCUUAGUUCUCGUUAUAAUAAGUGAAGCUUUGCGUAGCGGCAGUGAGCAUCAGUAUCUGAUUUUGAUGAAAAUGAUUACAGGGAGACAAUGUCUCGGUUUGACGCAAGACGCAUACAUUUAGACCUGGGCUCCUGCACUGGAGCAUAGAGCUAUGUUAUUGCACGUGCACUUUGCGUUGUCUAUACUUCAUGGUAUAAUAGCACAUUAUUAUAUAGUGUACUGACGAAAUACCAAUUACAAAUAAUUAUUUUAUGCUUAUUAUAAUCAGGUUGUCGUUCAUGAAGGUUGUUAUUGGGUUGCGUACCAAGUAUAGCCAUUGACCAAUAUACCCAAGCAACGAGAUGCGGAUAUUUAUCACUGUAUAGUAUACAUGUAUAGUCAGUCGAGUGGAUUGUUACGUGCAUAUACAGGUGUAAGGGUGAAAUGUCAUCUAUAGAGGAGUAUUAUAGACUUGCUUGGGAGUUUUCGGAAACGUUUGUUUGAGAGAGACGCCCCAGUUUUACUGAUUGACGUUAAAAUAUUCUACAGAAAGAGCCGAGUGGUGACGAAUACGAUUCUCUUAUUAGUUCUGGGCCUUGUUCCACAAAGCGAGCGUAGCGCUACGACUGUCGUAAGUCUAUGUUUAAGUGUAAUAAUAGGAGUUACAACCAUCUUACGGCUACGCUCGCUUUGUGGAACGGGCCCCGGGCCGGCUCAGGUUAUAUUCUCUGUAAAUGGGAUCUGUUGUCACUGAUCUGGUGGCAACCGACAUGUAUACAUUGGACAGACGCAGGUAGCUGGGAGAGAAUUCUAUUAUUAAUGAGAUUUCUCUUGUGUUAAAUUUAAAAUCUGCUGUUAACGUUUAUCGCAGAACGCUAGUAUCAAUGACAAAACACAUGACACGCGCGUUGUAUUUUCCCGAGUAUUUUAUCCUGAAAUUAUUCAGCUGUUGCCUAGCGUGUCGUUAUGUUUAAUGAGUAACUGAGGAAUGAAUAUUUUAAUUUUUUUUUGCGAAUUUAGAACGGUUAUUAUGCCGUAGCUUUGCUGCUUGUCAAUCGGCUGUAUGGUGUAUUGCGUUCAACAUUUGAAAGGCGAAGACGAAAGUAGAUUUUACUUUGAAUAUUACAGUGAAUGAGAUCAAUGAGAGCUGUCUGAGCAUAUUUGCAAUGUUUAUUACUGAGUUGGUUCACAUAGUUAAAAUUCACGUUCUGUAGAAAUAUCUGAAGGAAUAAUGACGUAAUUCCAGCCAGGCAUCUAUCGAAUACAGAUGCUGGCUGCUAUAGUCUGAGUUCGUCCUCACUUCGUUCGCUCGUCACGCCGAAGGCCCGGGUUCGAUUCCCCCCAUAUGGGCACAAUGUGUGAAACCCAUUUCUGGUGUCACCUGCCGUGACAUUGCUGGAAUAUUGCUAAAAGCGGCGUAAAACCAUACUCACUCAAUUGUUUAGGAUAAUUUCCUAUAUUAUUGGACAUGUUCAGCUUCUGCUGAUUUUAACUGUGAAUGUCUUUUUUGUAAGACAUUAGGUUUAUAUACAUAUAAAACUUUGCUUUAGACAAUGAAACCCCGUUAUUCCGGAACGCAAUUACUGCUGGGGUUUACCUGUAUACAAAGUUGACUUCCACAAGCGCCCGUCACUGUAUAUCAACCAUGUGUGUGUGUGUGUGUGUGGGGGGGGGGGGGGGGGGGGGGGAUGAUUUCAAAGUGGGAGAUGACCGUACCACUCUUGCAUCCUUCCCCAAUCCCCCACCCCCUCUACGACUGCUCACUAAACAUCAUACCACACUCUGUCAUGAAGUCUCUCUACAAAAAAACCCGUCAUAUUUGAAAGUUGCGUUGCCAGUGGUUAUUUGUUUAAAAAACAUCAUGUUUAGAUCAUGUAUUCUUAGUAAUAAAAUGUCACAGAUUUUAUUUAAA